UCUCUUAUUUGUUUUAACUAUUGUAAAGUUUCUUCACUUUCUUUGCAAUCAUUCACCGUUUUCCUCUUCUCAGGUUAGUUUCUUCUCCAUUUUCACUUUUACUUUUUCCGAUCAUGGGUGCCCUUAAGGAUUUAGCGAGGUCAUUUUCUCGAUUGACACAAGAGGAGGUAGACCUGUUUUGUCUUGAACAUGGUAUUGAUAAACAGUUUAAUCCAACCGCCCCUGCUUGCGAUGCUUCCAUUGACAAACCGAUUCCUGGUUUUAUUGCUUUGUAUUGUCGGCAUUUUGAGUGGUCUAAUCUUCGUUACCCUUUUUCGUUUUUUGUUCUAAAUGUGCUUGAGUAUUAUCGAGUGUCUUUUGGGCAAGUGCACCCGAAAGGAAUGGCUAGGGUUUUGCACUUUGAAGUGCUGUGUCGUGCUUUAGGUUAUGAUCCUUCGUUGUUGCUCUUUCGGAGGUUCUUCCGGUUAGCCAAAAACGGUGAUUGGUUUACUUUUGAGAACACAAAGGUUGAAACUUGUCUCGUUUCCUCCAUGGUUACGACCCUUGGAUCAUGGAAGAAUACGUUUUUCUGGGUUUCUGAAUCCAUCAUUCCUUUCAAAAUGGUGUGGAGGCAUCCGGAUGCUGUUCUCAACGAUCCGGAGCCUUCCGAGUCUGAAUUAAAUGAUGCCUUUCUUUCAGCCAUUCGGGGGUGCCCUUCCAGGGUUCGUCCUUUUCCCGAACAUUUGUUAGUGCUUUUAGGGGUUAGUAAUAUUUGGGCAAAAGUUGAUCGGGAUCCGGUGUUGAUGAGAAAUGGCCUUGUUAUGUCUGCUUUGGACUUCAUCAAGAGUGACGAUACGUCCGAUGUGGUUUUUGAAGAUGCUCCGACUGUUCCGGGUGAAAAUGUUGUUGUGAGGACCUCUGAGCAGAGGUUUGAGGGCUCGGGUUAUGUCAGUGUUGAAAAUGUGAAGGGUUUUACCAAGUCCAAUAUUCCCAAGCCUUCAACUCGCCGGUUAUCUCGUCGUUUACUGAAAGCUACUCCUCAAUCCACUUCCACUGAGCCAGUGGAUUUGAGUGAUGACAUCGAGGUUUCUGAGGAUCAGGCUGAGGCAGAGGUUGAGAAGGAGAAGGAAUUAGUUGUUCGUGGUAAGAAGGUUCGAGGGAAGAAGGGUGUUGCUACCCCUGUUCAAGAAUCGUCGAGUAGAGACGUUGAAGGGUUGAACCCUGAGGGCACUUAUGUGCCUUCUUGGUUGGUUAAGAAUGAUGACACUUUUAAGGAUGCUGCUGUUUGUGAAGAUGCUCUUAGUCAUCUUGCUCCUCCUUCCGUUCGUGAAGCUAUUGCUGAGAUGGAUGAUGACACUAUGUUAUCUCGCAUGGUUUUAACUACUUGCAACCUUGCAGCCAUGCUUCCCCAAGGGAUUACACGCUUUCGCCAAAGGAUGCGGGAGUAUGAGGAUUUUUCUAAAAAGAAAGACAAAAUGAAAUCCUCCAUUGCAUCGAUGAAGAAGGAAGUGGCUGGGUUUGCUGAGAAGGAGGCAGCUUGGAAGAAGGAGAUUGAGGAUUUGAAGAAGAUGCAUGCCAUUGAGAUGGGUGACUUGAAGAAGAGCUUUGAAGCUAAUUUGCUGAAGUUGAAGGCUGAUCGAGAGGCCUUAUCUGUCCAGCAGAAGGCUUUUCGUGAAGAAAAGGAGGGGUUGAAGGCUUCCGUUGGUCAGGUGACUGCGGAUAAUCAGUGGUUGAUCGAGCAUGGGUUUCAGCAGGUUGUGACUUAUCUUUUGCACUCUAAGGAAUUUAAUUCUGCCCUUGGUGAUGGAUUGAAGCCUGAAGGGUUGAAUGAGAAGGUUUGUGCUGAGGUUUUGGGCUCUUUGUCGAGGAAGAGGUCCUACUCCGGGGACAGUGAUGAUACCCUUUCCAGUCUGCCUGAAACCUCGAAAGAUGCUGGUUUGGAAACCUCUGCGGUUGGUGCUGAAGAAGGUGUGAAGGGGAAGAAGACAAAGAAAGCUAAAAAGUCUAAGGGUGAAGGUUCCAAGCCCUCUGAUAACUGA